UCACGGAGCUUUGGUUCCCAUUGAUGAUGUUGGAACUUGUCUGAUUUUGAGUGCCACGUUUGAUAAAUUUUAAGUCGAAAAUAUCAUGCCUCUUAGAUUGGAUAUAAAGCGAAAGCUUUCAGCACGGUCUGACCGUGUAAAGUGCGUUGACCUUCAUCCAUCUGAGCCGUGGAUGCUUGUCAGUUUGUACAAUGGUAACGUACAUGUAUGGAACCAUGAAUCACAGACCCUUGUCAAGUCAUUUGAGGUCUGUGAUCUACCGGUCAGAGCUGCCAGGUUUGUCGCUCGCAAGAACUGGGUCAUCACUGGAUCAGAUGACAUGCAAGUGAAAGUAUUCAACUAUAACACCCUUGAGAGAGUUCAUAUGUUUGAAGCUCACUCAGAUUACAUCAGGAGUAUAGGUGUACACCCGAUCCAGCCAUACAUUCUAACCAGUAGCGAUGACAUGCUUAUCAAGCUGUGGGACUGGGAUCGUAAGUGGCAGUGUACUCAAGUGUUUGAAGGACACACCCACUAUGUGAUGCAGAUAGUAUUUAAUCCCAAGGAUAACAACACAUUCGCCAGCGCCUCACUGGACAGAACAGUCAAGGUUUGGCAACUUGGCUCCAGCACACCUAACUUCACCCUUGAAGGUCAUGAGAAGGGCGUAAAUUGUGUAGACUACUACAACGGCGGCGACAAACCUUACCUUGUCUCAGGUGCUGAUGAUAAACUAGUCAAGAUCUGGGAUUAUCAGAACAAAACCUGUGUACAGACCUUGGAAGGCCAUGCUCAGAAUAUUUCUUGUGUAAGCUAUCAUCCGGAGCUUCCUAUCAUCAUGACAGGAUCAGAAGAUGGUACUGUAAGAAUCUGGCAUGCUAACACCUACAGAUUAGAAACCACACUGAACUAUGGUCUAGAGAGAGUAUGGACCGUUGCGAACAUGAAAGGAUCCAACAAUGUUGCUCUUGGAUAUGAUGAAGGCAGCAUCAUCAUCAAGCUUGGGCGAGAAGAACCAGCAAUGUCCAUGGAUUCUAGCGGAAAGAUCAUGUGGGCAAAACACUCUGAAAUACAGCAAGCUAAUCUGAAAGCCAUGACUGAUUAUGAGAUCAAGGAUGGUGAGAGACUGCCACUAGGAAUCAAGGAUAUGGGAAGUUGUGAUGUCUACCCUCAGACCCUCGCUCAUAAUCCAAAUGGAAGGUUUGUGGUAGUAUGCGGGGAUGGAGAAUACAUCAUCUACACUGCUAUGGCCCUCAGGAACAAGAGCUACGGCUCCGCCCUGGAAUUCGUCUGGUCACAUGAUUCCUCAGAAUAUGCCAUCAGGGAGAGCAGUACUUCUGUUAAACUUUUCAAGAAUUUCAAGGAGAAGAAAUCAUUCAAACCAGACUUUGGAGCAGAAGGUAUCUUUGGGGGUUCAUUACUCGGCGUUCGUUCUAGCAGUGGGCUUGCUUUCUAUGACUGGGAUUCAACAGAGCUUAUUAGGAGAAUAGAGAUUACACCUCGACAUCUCUUCUGGUCUGAGAAUGGUGAGUUGCUGUGCAUAGCAACAGACGAGUCUUACUUCAUCCUUAGAUACAGUCCUGAUGCAGUUGCCAAGGCACAGGAAACAAACGAAGGAGUAACAGAGGAUGGCAUUGAAGAGGCUUUUGAGGUUGUUGGUGAGAUUGAGGAGAUUGUUAAGACAGGUUGUUGGGUCGGUGAUUGCUUCAUCUACACCAACUCUGUUAACAGACUCAAUUACUAUGUCGGUGGAGAAAUCGUCACAAUCUCACAUCUUGACAGGACCAUGUACCUGUUAGGAUAUAUUGCAAAGGACAAUCGUCUCUACCUCGGGGACAAGGAACUCAAUGUUGUUAGCUUCUCUCUCCUGCUGUCUGUCCUGGAGUACCAGACGGCUGUCAUGAGAAGAGACUUCAACACAGCCGACAAGGUCCUUCCCACAGUACCAAGAGAACAUCGGACAAGGGUGGCGCACUUCCUAGAGAAACAGGGUUUCAAGUCUCAAGCCUUGGCCGUGUCGUGUGAUACAGAACACAAAUUUGACCUUGCCCUUCAACUAGGUGAAUUAAAAACAGCAUAUAGUCUGGCUGUUGAGUCUGAGUCUGAACAGAAAUGGAAGCAGCUAGCCGAGCUUGCCACGUCUAAGUGUGAGUUUGAACUGGCCCAGGAGUGCCUUCACAAGGCCCAGGACUACGGAGGUCUCCUCCUCCUAGCCAGCUGCUCCGGCAAUGCUAGUAUGGUUGAUAAGCUGGCCUCCACGGCAGCAGAGAAUGACAAGAACAAUGUGGCUUUCGUUGGCUACUUCAUCAGGGGAGAGACUGAGAAAUGUCUGGAGCUUCUUUGUCGGUCAGGACGACAUCCUGAAGCAGCUUUCUUUGCCAGAACAUACCUUCCAAGCAAAAUAUCAGAGGUUGUCCAAGCAUGGAAAGAGAGUCUCAAGAAGGUCAACACCAAGGCUGCUGAUGCCUUAGCAGACCCUACACAGUACGAGAAUCUCUUCACAGGACUCAAGGAGACUGCACAGGCUGAAGAGUUCCUCAAGACCCGACGGACCACCAUACCUGCCAACAAGUUCCCUUCCGUACCGAGUACAAGUGAAAGAGAUGUGAUGGAAGAGAUGCAGCAAGCUAUUGCUAGUGGAGCAUUCACUGUGGGCCAAGAUCAGGAGCCUAUGCAGGAGCCUGAAGCAGCUCCUCCCCAGGAGACUCCUGCAUCAGCUCCUUCAGGAUCCACCAAGCCAGCUCCAGCCGAGGCACGCCCAAGGACGGACACCGACGAUCUCGACUUUGACUUCGACAACCUGGAGAUCGAUGACAACUUAGAUACGUCAGAAGUCAACCUAGAUGAAGAUUUAUUAGAAGAUUAGAAAAGCCUGUUACAUUUCCAGAGAUGCCAUUGGGAGAUGCUUGUAUGUCGUCAAUGCCUUGAUCUGAAUACUAGGAAGAGUACGUUUGUGAAAUCUUUUGGGCACCAAAAGUCUGAGCUGGGCCCCAUUGCAUAAAAGUUAUCAUUAUGGUAACUUUGCCAUCCCCUUGUUUUCGAUUGGUUGUUGAUCAGCGUUUCCAUGGUAGUUACUUACCAUUGGAUUGCAAAGUUAGCAUAAUGGUAACUUUAACACAUCAGGUGGGUGUUUCAUAAAGUUGUUCGUAAAUUAAGAGCGACUUUAAGAACGACUGUUGAUCCUUUCCUGUGG